UCCAUUCUCUGUUCCUUCCUUGGCUCCCUCAACGACGGAGGCAAGGCACCGGUCGUGCGCGGCUCCGUCGAUACCGCCCGUCUGCGUUGAUCCCGUGUCCGAGGGCGGCUGCCGCUGCACUCCGGCGAUCCGGCCACCACCACGCGCCGGCGGGCGACGCAGGCCAUGGUGGGUUACGGCUGCCAUCGUCCUCCAUGUGCAGCUCUCUCCAUGGGGAGCCCUCCUUCCCGGUGUCCUCCAUGGGCCGCUCCGCCGCCGCAGGCUUCCGACGACUUUGCGGGAAACAACUCCACCCCUGCGCGGCCGGUGAGGCGCCUCUCCUCUUAUCGCUCUCACUAGAACGGUCAGGAUGGGGGCUUGGAGGCAGAGGAUCGGGGGCCGCGGAAUACUGUUAGGUCGCGGGAGCAUCAUGCGGCCAGGUCGCGAGCACCAGCAGGCGCCGCGGCAGGCGAGAUCGCGGGCGGAGGUCCUGGGCGAGGCCAUGACGGAUGGAGGUCAUUCGCAGCUGCGGUGUAGGCGGCGCUGCAUGUCGAGAUCGAUGCCGCCUCCUGGACAGGGAAGGGCAGCAACUACCAUUCUCCUGCCCGCAUUUAGAUGGAACAUGGAAGGGACACAGAUUUCCAGGCCUAGGAGCGGCCUUUCUCCGCUUUCCAGUUGCAAGGAAUUAGAGAACCAUAACUCCAGGAAGGCAACAACCCAUGACAAAAGUUGAUCUGAAGGUAUAUGCCACAUGCCACGCUUAAUUUCUAAUUAGAUCAUAAGUUGUGCAUUCUGUAGAUCAAUUUGAAAGGCUUCUGCAAUUAAAGACACUGGUGUCAAACUGUUCAUUGUUCAAAUGUGAAUUGUCAUGCUAUAUAAAGCAGCGGAGGACAAUCCCACAAAAAAUACGCUCUCUGAAAAUUAUCUAGCCCGCUGCUUUAUGCAAUGCUAUGCAUUUUCAAUGUUACUCUUCUGUUUGCUCAUUUUGUUGCUGAUGUACAAAGAGCACAAUUUUAUCACGUCCUACUGUGCUUCAUUCCCACUAUAAGUCAACUAGCAGGAUUACCUUUUUCUUUCAUCAUGGUACGAGGUUGACACAUGUUAAACUGAGUCCAAGAUCACAUUAAGAAAGAUUGUUCAUGUUAGUUUUGGGUCUUCAAAAUGUCAACGCAAGAGUAUAUGAGACUUUAUACAUGAUCGCUUAAUGCAUGGUCUACUAGGUUUAGCCUGGAAUCCUAGAUCUUCAUGGAGACAAUAUCAGUAAGUUCAUUUCAUACUGCAUAAUGUAAGUUUUCUGAAACUCAGUUCCUUAUAGUUUCCAUUUGUGUGUUUAGCUUUCACCAUUAUAAAAGAGCAUGUACCUAACUAGAAUUGUUCUGUUUUCAUGAAACCAAACGGUGGACGGUAGGGCCCAUGCACUAGAUGUUUCCAGAGGAACCGAACAUAUCCUAAUCGGGAGAGGCGUGCAAAAAUCAGAAGGAAGGAGGUCUUGGAACCAGUUACCGGUUGUCCAUUUACAUAUAAAAAGAGGCAAACGGAAAUUAUCUAUGGACUGAACAGGUAAGAAACGUAAGAGGAGGGUAUGUGUUGCUAGCUAUUUGGACGAACGUGAGAGAAAAUAGGCCAUCUACAACAACCAAAUCAAGGAGGGAUUGGCUAAAGUGUUUAGCUUUUAUAUAGGCUAUUAUGAGCUUGUUCUUAUGCAUGGUAAGAGAAAAAGAGAUAGAAAGCAUACUGAAUUAUAUAGGGAAGAGCUCGGUCGACGCUGCUGAUGUUGUGGGCUUGUGCUUGUGCUUGUGGUAUAGUAUCAUGUUUUGUGUCUGUUCAAUUUGUGUUCACUGCAUAUUUGGAAAAGUCUGAGGCAAAACUACAUUACUAACAUGAGUCUAUCUGAAGGUCACGAGUUGAACAUUGUAGAUACCAAGAUUGAUAUGGGGAUAGAGUUUGAGGAAAAGGUCGAAAACUCAAAUGGUAACAAAAUUUAAAAAAUAGAAUGCCCAGUUAGGAGUUUGCUACAGUAUCACGAUCUACAACUUAGAAGGAAUUAGUAAUCUGCUCAUUGGAUGUAUUUGUGAAACCUUGGAUCUUGUGUACUUAUAUAAAAGUCAAGUGCACAAAAGUAGGACAUGGAUCCUCCCAUUGAGUGCCUUAUA